AUGAUCGAAAAGGGGGCUCCUGUUGACAGUGAGACAACUGAAGGCUUCACUCCACUGCAUGCAGCGGCACGUAGCGGACACUUGGAUAUCGUCAAAUACCUCGUGGAACAUGGUGGGGUGGUCGAUCAGAAAAACAAGCUGGGAUUUACACCUCUUUGUCUGGUUACGAGCGGGGGUCACUUCAAGAUUGUCGAAUAUCUGGUUGAUCAAGGUGCUUCUAUCGAGGAGACAAGUGAAUAUGGCUGGACAGCGCUCAAUCUUGCCGCUUCUUCUGGGCAUCUCGAUAUUGUGAAGUUCCUUUCGAAACAUGGCGCGACCCUCAAUACGCAGAAUCACUGCGGCUGGACACCCAUUCUCAACGCGGCGUUUAAUGGAAACGCUGAGCUUGUGCGGUUUCUCUGCGAAGAAAAGGCUUCCAUCAAUACGGUAGCAAAUACUAGGCUGACGCCGCUCUUGGCAGCAACGGAAAAUUCUGCCAUUGACAUAGUGAAGAUUCUGGUUGAAAAUGGCGCUGAUCUCUCGGCAAAAGGACAGCAGGGUCUCACGGCGCUCCAUAUCGCGAGCCUGAAUAACAUGCCAGAGAUUGUGAGCAUCUUGCUGGCUGGAGGUGCUGACUCCGACUUGAAGUCAGACUUGGACUGGACACCUCUGUUCACCGCGGCCAGUGUCGGUAGCUUGGAUUGUGUCAAAAUCCUUGCUGAACGGAUCACUGAUAUCAAUUGCACUGCUUCGAAAGACAACACAUUGCUACAUCUCGCCUCAGCUCAAGGGCAUGCCCAAGUAGUCCGGUAUUUAGCUACAAAGGGGGCUGAUCUAGAGAAGCAGACUCGGGGUGGCUAUACAUCGCUCGCAUUGGCCGCCGACAAGGGUCAUCUGGAAGUGGCAAGGGCACUAAUUGAGUUGGGCGUCUCUCCAAAUGCCAUGAAUAAGAGCGGUUCCACACCUCUUAUCUUGGCUGCUGGGUCUGGACAACUUGAGAUUGUGAGGUUGCUCGCUCGCAAGGGCGGAGAUGUCAAGCUUAGGGAUGACACUAAGCGGACUUCCCUUCAUUUUGCCUGCGAGAAGGGCCAUCUCGAUAUAGUAAGGUUUCUGGUCGGAGAAGGGGCCUGUGUCUUCUUGGAAGACGUCACUGGGAAGACGACUCUUCGCUAUGCUUACGCAAAUAAACACGAAGAUGUCGUGCAAUUUUUCGCUGAUGGGGCUCGUCAGUCUCCAGAGGAUUUGCAGAUGACUCCGCUGCGAUUGUUCACUGAUGUAAAACUUCAAGCGCCUUUGUUAAGGUGGUCCAAUGAGAAGAAUGAUGAUGUGCCAGUGGAGCAGGUAGAGGAUAUCUCAGAGCUUUGCUAUCGCAGUCUCCUGAAUCAAUUUGAAACAUGGGAAGAAAAAAAGACCGAGGACACAAAGUAG